AUGGCCACUGCCUACUCCGCCCAGCACAUCCUCGCCGGCGCACCCGCCAGCCAGCCCGGGACGAUCCAGCUCAGCUUCACCCGCUCGGAACAGCACGCCGCCGCGCUCCGGCUGCAGACGCCGGCCGAGCAGCUGCUCUUCUCGCCCGACGGCACCCAGCUGCUCGCCAUCAGCACACACACACUCACCGUCCUCAGCCAGUCCCCCGCCCAGGCCGACCACUGGACUCCGACAUCCGAACACCCCCUCCCACCCGGAAACACCCACAUCCCCGCAGCAGCAUUCAUCACCCAGACACCCCGGGCAUUCACAGAACCAGUCCGCGGCAGCCGCCAGCCACCCAGCCCCAUCCGGAUCGGAGAUGCAGCCUACCACCAGCUCAGACGCAUCCCAGCCACACCCUUCGCCCCCGCCCACGGACACACCGCCGUCCUCGUCCUCAGCACAACCCAGCUCUUCAUCCUCCAUCUCCCGCCCCCCGGAUCCAACCUGCCCCCGCACACCCUGCUCACCGCCCUCGACGAACACACCGUCGCCCCGCUCGCCCCGCGCCCCGUCCCAGCCGAAGACCAUGCGCGCCGCCCGACCAAGCAGACCAUCGUGGCGGCCAUCGGGCUGCCCCCGACGGCCCGGCGCGGCGCGGCGGCGGCGCGGCCGGCGGGGGUGCUGAUCGCGUUCCAGAGCCUGGCGCGGCCGGCCGUGCCGGCCUCCCAGCCCGUGCUGCGCGCCCACGACGAGGGCCGGGCCAAGCCGGCGGCCGAGUGCCAGACGAUGGCCGAGCCCGAGGACUUCAUCACCGGGCUCGGCGACCUCGACGACGCCUUCGACCCCCCCGCCCCGCUGCCCUGCCGCCCCAAGCCCUCCUCCCCCACGCCCAGCCAGACCCACAAGCCCGCCAAACACCGCCCCAACAGCCCGCCCCUCACCCGACGCGUCGAGCCCCGCCCGCCCUGCGAGCCCGCCGUCCCUGCCCUCGGCCCCCACUCGCCGCAGCCGAGCUUCGCGCCCAUCCAGCUCGUCGAGCUCCUCCUCGACUUCGACCACCCCCCCGUCCCCAACGUCACCGUGCGCCUGCUUCCCCGGCUGCCCAUCAGCGACCCGUUCGCCCACGCCGGCCCGGCCCAAGCGGCCCUCCUCCACCUGGCCUUCGUCCCCUGUCUACGCGAUCCAUCGGCCCCCGCGGACACCGACGCCGACGAGGACGCGGACGGGCUGCGGCUCGUGGCCGCCUUCGCCCGCCGGCUCGCCCCGGACGCCGACGGAGAGGGAGCGCCGGUCGAGCAGCUCCAGGCCUGGGACGCGCGCUUCACGCGCCCCGCGCUCUCCGCGGGCUUCCUCAGCCUGGACGCGCCUCCCGACGCGCGCCCGAGCCCCGGCGCCCCGGCGCCCUUGGACCCGCUCCGCGGGCCCGCCGAAUGGGUCUUCGCCCGCGUCGCCCAUCGCGCCCUGCUCGCCCCGCCCGCAGGCCUCGCCGAGCCCCGCAUCCGCGUCCGCAAGCUCGUCCCCCAGUGGCCCGUCCGCGAGGGCUGUUUCCUGCUCUUGGUCGAGAAACGCACCCGGGCCGCCGAGGGGGACGAGGCGGUGGAGCAUGAGUGUUGGGUCCUGGACGGCCGCGACUUGUCGACCGUCGCCGUCAAGCCCUUGCCCGGCCUAGAGCCUGACGAGCUGGCCCACGCCAGCAUCUCGUUCCAUGGCGUAUGGUGUUGCACGCUGGACGGGCGCGGCAAAGUGCGCAUGACUGCGCUCGGUACGUCUCCCACGUUCCGAACAGCCCUUGCGACGGUGGUCGGGCUGGUCGUCAGUGCGCUCCACAACCGCCACCCCGUCGACGACAUCGCCCGGCUCCUGGCCCACUCCGCCCGCAGCCCCACGCCGCCGGCCGCCGGCGAGCCCCCCGCUCAUCUCGCCAUCUUCCGCGACGUCGGCACCUUCAUUGCCCAUUUCUAUGCCCCCGGCGGCGCCUUCGACCUCGAUCCUUAUCUGCCCGUCUCCUGGAGCCUGGCCCACGAUCUCUGGAGGUCCGUCCCCUCUUCCCUCUCUCCCUUCCUCUCUCCGACUCACCUCGUCUUGCCCCGGGCGACGCACAGCGUGAUUCCCGGGUACGAAAGCGCGGCCGAACUCGCGCUCAUCGGCCGCCAAUUGACCGCCGUGCUCGCCAUCGGAACCGCCGUCAGGAUGGACAGCUAUUCCGGCUCGGUGUGGCAGAUGGUGGGGCUUGCGCGAUGGUAUGUCCGGCUGUGUCAGCGGAUCAUCGGCUCGAUUGAUCCAGCGAUGAGCGGCUGCUCGUUCUACUUCCUGUUCAAGAUCACCGCGCUGCUCUCGAACUUCAACAACUGGCUCAAGCAGCACGGCUCGAGCGCUGGCGGCGGGCCCCACUACGCCUCGCCCAACAUCCUCCCCGAGGCCUGUCCGCCCCCGACGGCCGACGACCAGCCGGAGAUCGCCAAGGUCGUCUUCGCCGAGCUCUGGGAGCACCAGAACGCGAUCCAGAUGGAGACCUUCGGCAAGCUGCUGCAGGACAUCGGCCGCGCCACGUUCCCCAAACAACCCGGCGAGCUCUUCAACAUGCCCGCCCGGCAGUCCCAAGGCUUCUCCCUCGCUAUCACCGCCCUCGACCCCGCCCUCGUCCAAGAAUCGGUCCGCGAUCUGCGCGAGCUCGUCUCGCGCCACCCGAUGCUGAUCAAGCCCAGUCCGACGCCUGCGGCGGCAUCGGCCGGCACGCCAGCGCCGGGGCCGAAGGAGGGCGCGGGACCAAGCACGACGCCGCCGACGACCCCCGCCCGCGACCUGCUCACGCACGACCGGCUCGCCGGCGUCUGUCUCCACGACGUCCGUCGGGCCCGCGCCCGCUACUCUCCCGCCCCGUCCUCCAGGCACCCCGGCGCCGUCAAGCAGUGUCUGAAGUGUCGCGCAAGGACCCUCGUCGUCCCGUGGUCGUACGCCGACCUCACCCCCCUCCCCCCCUCCGCCGCCGCCGACAACGACCCCGAGACGAAGCUCAGAAGCCUCGCCAGCGUCGACUUCUCGCUCAGAGAGUUCCGCACUAGGUGUCUCUGCGCCGGGCUCUGGGUCGCCCCCGUCCCCGCGCUCCCGUCCGCGUGA